GCUCUGGCCAACGCGAUGAUGACGCGUUGUUGAGCAGGAAACGCGUCACAAUCUGUUUUCCCCAUCUGCAAUAGUCGUUCACACGCGACUGUUCGCACAGUGAACCUGUUCAGAACAUUGCCCACGACCGGGACAACUUCUGACUUACCUAACCGUCCCCUUUGCUUCCCGUCUCUUACUCAUCCAUCUCCUCCUCCACCCACCCAUCUUAUUCUCUCAUCCAACCAUUUCCUUACUCACUCGCGCGGGACCGUCGCGUCAACAGACCCAUCGAAACAUCUUUCUUGCCUCGGUACAAGCGCGAAUUAAGGAAAGACUGGCGACGAUGCCUGACGAAGCGACUCAGGGCCUCGCCCAAUCCAUCGCGAAACAGGUCGAGAGAGUUGUGCACAGGGGCAUGGUGGAGUUCACUCUCCGCUCUCUCAUGAACGCCGGCAUGACCGCCAAUGAGGUCAGCGACCUCGUGAAGGCCGUGCUGCAUGAUUUGAACGGCGACCCGGCGCCUGACGUUGCUCGUGCAGACGCCGAGGCUACUACCAAGGCUACUGCCGAGGCCCAGGCCAUCCUCCAGGCUCUCCAGCUCAUCACUGAGUGCACCGCCAAUAUGCCGCCGAUCAAAAAGGCUGCCGUGAGCACCGGAGAGUCCUCAGCUAUGGCUGCGGGCCCGAGGACCAAGUUCGCCGCCGGCGUUAAGAGGAAGCUGGCGCAGUCCCAGUCCCAGGCCACCACGCUCACGGGCACUACUAGUACUGCUGCCACCUCUCCCAUGUACACGCCGACGACGUCGAAGACGUCCGAGCAGUCGAGCGCGUCCUCCACCGCCAAUCUGUCCCCGGCAGCCCGGGUCCCGUUCGUGGUGGCAGCCGUGGCAGCCGCGGCGGCCGUGCGGGCCCAGCAGCAGAAGAAGAAGCAUGAUUCGCGUGGCUCCGACAAUGGGUCGUCUGGGGCUUCUUCCAGUUCGCUGGGCAAGACCACGGACAGCGAGGCCAGCAUCUUCGGCUUCCAGCGGAGGGUUCGGAAGACGAUGGCCCAGAGGGCUCGCAGGCCGGGGUGCAAUCGGGCGGAGUUGUAUGACGAUUGGACGUGCCCGACCUGGAGGUCUGACUCUGAGGAGGACUCGGAUGACGAGGGGGACGAAGACGAAGACGAGGAGAGUGAAGAUGAAGAUGAAGAUGAUAUAAACUAGGAUGGCUGAGGCACGCUGGCGUCGUCGUGAAUGGGUUGAGAGAGCUCUUUUUGCGUCGCGCUGAUUUUCUCUACUUUGUUCUUUGCCACUUUCAGGGGAAGCAGGUCGUACGGCCCUUCUUCGAUACUCACAGGCUAUUACCAGCUCUGGCUACCUAGUAGUAGUAGGUAUUUCCUACUUUAUCUCAGAGGAGACACAAUGGCCAGAACUUCAG